GCAUCAUCGGCAGCCAUGUCCGCCCACCUCCGCCUCCUCUCCGCCGCGGCCGCGCUCGCGGCGCCGACCCCCGCCUCCCUCCGGCGGGCGCGGCUGCUCCCGCCCGCGCCCCCGCUCCCCUCCGCCCGGCUCCUCGCCCCUCGCCGGCGCGGCCUCUCCCCGCGCGCGGCCGUCCGCGUCGUCCGAUGCGCCGCCGCGGCAGGCGCGGCCGACGGGGGCGAGCGGGAGGUGGCGGUGGACGCGAUGGCGGCGGAGGGCGCGGGGAUAUGGGCACAGGUGCGGGACGUGGUGGUGUUCGCGGGGCCCGCGCUCGGGCUCUGGAUCUGCGGCCCGCUCAUGAGCCUCAUCGACACCAUGGUCAUCGGCCAGACCUCCUCCCUCCAGCUCGCAGCCCUAGGGCCUGGGACCGUGUUCUGCGACUAUCUGUGCUACAUAUUCAUGUUCCUGUCAGUCGCAACCUCCAACAUGGUGGCCACCUCCUUAGCUAACAAGGAUGAAGAACUUGCACAGCAUCAAGUGUCUAUGCUGCUAUUUUUAGCUCUUACUUUUGGUAUAGGAAUGUUUUUGUUCACUAAGAUUUUUGGGGUCCAAGUAUUGACUGCUUUCACUGGAUCCAAAAAUCAUGAAAUUAUUUCUGCUGCCAAUACAUAUGCACAGAUUCGAGGUUUUGCAUGGCCUGCAGUUCUCGUUGGCUUAGUUGCCCAAAGUGCUAGUCUAGGCAUGAAAGAUUCUUGGGGUCCUCUGAAGGCAUUGGCAGCAGCUAGUGUUAUAAAUGCCGUUGGCGAUAUAUUUCUUUGCUCUGUAUGUGGCUAUGGAAUUGCUGGUGCCGCCUGGGCUACUAUGGUUUCACAGAUUGUUGCAGCUUUUAUGAUGAUGCAAAAUCUAAACAGUAGAGGUUUUCGAGCAUUCUCAUUCACAAUCCCAUCGACAAGAGAGCUUCUGCAGAUAUUCGAAAUCGCAGCUCCUGUUUUUGUGACAAUGACAUCCAAGGUAGCAUUUUAUGCAUUGCUUACAUACUCCGCGACUUCUAUGGGAGCAAUAACUCUUGCAGGCCAUCAGGUUAUGGUUAAUAUAUUAUGCAUGUGCACUGUUUGGGGUGAGCCCCUGUCACAAACUGCACAGUCGUUUAUGCCGGAGAUGAUAUACGGAGCUAACCGCAAUUUGAUGAAGGCAAGGAUGCUACUCAAGUCACUCGUAGUUAUUGGAGCUAUAGCUGGACUGACUGUGGGGACAGCUGGAACGAUUGUUCCGUGGCUUUUUCCUAGGCUGUUUACCAAUGAUCAAAUGGUUGUACAACAGAUGCACAAAGUGCUGAUUCCAUAUUUCACUGCAUUGUUUGUGACACCUUCAGUACACAGCCUUGAAGGAGCAUUACUGGCUGGAAGGGAUCUCAGGUAUUUGAGUCAAUCAAUGGGUGCAUGCUUCUGCGUUGGAACCUUUCUUCUAUUGCUUGUCCGUGACAAGUUUAGUAGCUUGACACUAUGCUGGUGGGUACUUGUCUUCUUCCAGUGGAGUCGGUUUGGAAGCGCUUUACAACGGCUUGUUUCUCCAACGGGCAUGUUGUAUAACGAAAAUUUCAACCAGCCUGAGCAAGUCAAAGUGAAGGCAACAUAAGAGGAUGUAUCACUGGUUGAGAGAGGGCAUGCAUGUUUUGCAAUUCCGUAAACAUCAUUCAGCAGUGUCUAUGAUUAGAGCAGGAGCUGCACAUGAUAAUAUUGGAAACAAAGUUCAAGACGUACUCGAUUUUUUAUUUUUUAUGUUGCGAGUCAAGACCUGCUCGAUUUCUUCAGGGCUAGGAAAGUCCAUUUGGCUCUAGGGUAGAAUUCAGUCUCCUGCAGUAUCCUUUUGUCCUAGGGGCCUUCAUCUCACAAUUUACCGCUGCAGAGAAAGGUUGCAUUGUCCAACACCCGUGACUGUAAAAGUGCAGUUACGCAAGCAUGUAAAGAAUUUUUGUUGGUUUAAGAAUUAUAAAAUGGUUGAAAAUGUCCAA